CCUCGCUCCCGUAACCCCAAGAAAAAAAGAAAGCAUGUGGCCGUCCUCCUCGGGGGAUAAGAUGCAGCGGCUGCGGGGCGAUCGCCCCCAGUGCAGCUACACCAUCGACACGCCGAGCUGGGACGACGAGAAGAGCCGCUUCCGCGCCUUUCGCAACAACCCCUGCGUCGGGAACCGUAACGUCACCAUCGCGCUCGUCGGCUUCGUCGGUGCCAUCUUGGCCGUCGUCGGCGCGUUCACCUACGUGCACGGCGCGGGGAGCGGAGCCUACGAGCCUCCCAUGAACGACGACGCGUCGACCGCCGCUGCCGAGACUCCCGCGUUGGUCGCCGUAGCGCUCGCCGAGGCCAACCGGCGGCCGUCGCCUUCUACGCCCGUAGUCGCCGCGGCGCCUCGCCUGGUGAACAAGACGCCUCCGGCGCGGCGACACCCAGUCGCCCGUGCGGAGCGACGCUCGCCGAGACGGACGACAAGGAAGCAACAUCCCAGAAGACGCGCCGCGCCUACCCCCGGGCAGGCUCGGAGACGCCAGAGAGUCACGAUGACGAGAGCUGGGCAGCCGAGAAGGACCACGGUCCCGGAGCAAGAAGAAGCGGUCACCACACUCUCGGGGCCGCAGCAGAAGCGGAAGCAGCAGCAGCAGCAGCAACGGCCGCAGCAAACGCGGUCGCAGUCGCCGCGGCACCCCACAGAUGACGAGGACGAUAAUGAAGAUGUGGACAAGGUCGCGGCGUCAACGCCUCUACCCAAGCACCUGGUUCCGCGACACUACAGCGUGCUGCUCCAUCCGCACAAUGACGGCUCGCGCUUUGUCUUCACCGGCGUGGUCAAGAUUACCGCCAAGUGCGUCGAAAGCACUCGCCAGGUUGUGCUGCACGCCGCUGGAAUUCAGGUGAACAACGCGAAGGUGUCCUUCAACGUGGUGGCGGCCAACAGGAGCGCCGUUCACGACAUCCAAGUGCGCCACGUCGAGGUCAACAACAGCACGCAGCAGGUGACACUUGAGCUGGCGAGCUUCCUGCACGCGCAAGUCAUUUACGACAUCUCCAUCAGUUACGUUGGAAUGGUGAGCCGCUGGCCUAAAGGGCUCUACAAGGCGUCCUACAAGCUAAAGAACGGUUCGGAAGGAUGGAUGGCUUUCACCCGCAUGAAGCCAAUGUACGCUCGCCGCGUCUUCCCGUGUUUCGACGAGCCUUCUUUUCGAACUACCUUCGACGUGGAGAUAUUGAGGCGCAAGGACUUCAACUCCAUCGCUAGCAUGCCCAUAUUCAAGAUUGAGAUGAGUACCAACCACAACGACUAUGUGAACGACGUCUUUGUUCGCACCCCUCCCAUUCCGACCUAUUUGCUGGGGUUCGCCGUCACUGACUUCAAGCAUAUUGGAACAGGAAUCGUGAAAGUGUGGUCCGAGCCAUCUUUUCACACUCGGGCAGAGUUUGUCCUGCAGACCGCCAACACCUGCCUCCAACUUUAUGAGAAGUAUUUUCAGACGCGCUACCCGCUUCCUAAGCUAGGUACGGACGUUGCAGCAGCGCACGCAUGA